AUGGUUCUCUUUGCUUUAACAAAUCCUUCUAAGCUAAAACAAAAUUCACACCAUAGCUUCUCUGAGUCUUUAAUGGAAGAUAGUAUUGAAGACGCUGAAGCCAUCAUUCAUAAAUGGAUUUCACCUGAACUUCUCGACUCUUCUUCUUCUGCUUCUUCAUCUUUCUGCUGCGUCUCCUCGCUUUUUUCAACAGGGAACAGAGAAGAAGCUAAACGAUUCAUCGGAGCUGUCAACAGCUUGCACUCUGGAAUGGUGAGGCUGGUCUCGGUGAAUCCAGGAUCCAUGAAGCUGGUUCGAGCAGAGAAUUUGAUGAAAAUCUCCAUGAAUCAUCUAUCUAAAGAGUUUUACCGGAUUCUGAAAUCGAAUCGACGGUAUCUUGAUCCGGAAUCCGUCUCUGUUCGGUCUCGGAUGUCUUCAAUCUCUGAUUCAGAAUCAGAUGAUGAAGAACUCGAGAGUCGGAAUUCGAAAAGUGUGACAAGAGACGAAGAAGAUGCAGAUGCUAUGGCGGAUUUGAAGAUGAUCGCCGAUUGCAUGAUUUCCUCUGGUUACGGCAAAGAAUGCUUGAGGAUUUACAAAAAAAUCCGGAAAUCGAUCAUCGUCGAAGCUCUGGAUCAACUCGGUUUCGAGAAUCUGAGUUUCUCGCAGAUGCAGAAGCUUGAUUGGGGGAUUAUGGAGAAGAAGAUAAGAAAAUGGUUACGAGUAGCGAGAAGAGCUGUGAUGACUCUGUUCUACGGAGAACGAAUUCUCUCCGAUCAUGUCUUUUCUUCUUCCUCCGCGAUUCGAGAAUCUUCCUUCGCCGAGAUCACACUACAGAGCGCUUUGGCGAUGUUCUCUUUCCCGGGAAACAUGGCGAAAUCCCGGAAAUCUCCCGAGAAAAUCUUCCUCACGCUCGACGUUUACCAAUCCAUCAUUGAGCUUUUGCCAACAAUCGAAGAAGUUUUCAGCUACGAUUCAACCUCUUCCGUCAAAUCGCAGAUCGCCGAAACCCUAACAAAUCUCGAAGAAGGAGUAAUUUCAAUGAUGGACGAAUUCGAGUCGUCGAUUUCGAAAGAAUCUUCGAAAUCCCUAGUCUCCGGCGGCGGAAUCCACCAGCUCACUAGGUACGUCAUGAAUUUCAUCGUCUUCCUCGCUGAUUACAGCGACACGCUCUCCGAUAUCAUCCCCCAAACUUCUUCGUUACUUUCUUCCUCCGGCGAAGCUGAUUCAUCAUCGUCGUCGCCGCUCGCUAAACGAAUCUCGUGGCUGAUCCUGUUCUUGCUCUGCAAAAUCGACGCGAAAUCUCGUCUCUACAACGACGUGGCUCUCUCGUAUCUCUUCCUCAUCAACAAUCUCCAUUACGUCGUCGUCAAGGUCCGUACAUCGAAUCUAAAGGAGAUUCUGAGCGACGAUUGGUUGGAGAAGCACGAAGGGAAGGUGAAGAAGUACGUCGCCAAGUUCGAGGAGAUCGUUUGGGGAGAGAUGAUGGUGAUGGUGAUGGUGAUGGAGACGUCACUUCCGACGGCGGAGGAGGUUAUCAGACGGUUUAGUAACCGGUUCGAGGAAGCGUACAAGAGGCAAACCGGUUGGGUCGUACCGGAUCCAAAAUUGAGAGACGAGAUGAAGGUUUCGGCUGCUAUGAUGCUGAUACCAACUUACUCGGAGUACUAUAAAAAGUAUCGGGUCGGGUUACGAAAGAAUGUCGGAUUUGCCCCUGAAGAUAUUGGGAAUUAUCUGUCGGAUUUGUAUUUUGGGUCGGGUGGAUCUGCGAUUGUUUCGUCAAUUCAAUCUUCGGACUCCGAUGUAUUUGACACACGUGGCAGUUAG